UUCCAGAACAACCUAUUUCGCAGCCCUGGUGGCCCUCGAAGGACAAAGGGUAUCGAUGAUCGAGAUCGGCUCCCGCCGUCCCGCUUCUGUGCAAAUAUCUUCUCUUCCUUCGCCAACGUUCUCCCUCUCAUCGACGUUGAAUUUAAUACUUAAUGGACUCGGUCCGCGGAGCUUGCUCUCCAUGUUCUACUCUUCAAUAUCGCGGCGCGACUUCCUUUGGCUUUGGCUUUGGCUUUGAUUUUGAUUUUGACUCCAGCGCAUGAACUCGAGCAACGAUACUUCAUUUCCUCAAAUCUGAAUUUACAGAAUGGCGGAAACCCUGCCGCUACUACGAGAAAAGAUGGAUCACUCCCCAAAAGGACCGCGACCACAGGCUAUCGCACAUAGAGGAUAUAGAGCUGCAUUCCCCGAGAACACCAUGGCGGCGUUCAAGGGCGCUGUCAAGGUUGGAGCUCAUGCCAUAGAAACGGAUAUCCAUCUGACGAAAGAUAGCGUCGUGGUGUUGUCCCAUGACCCUACGCUUGAGCGGUGUUUUGGGAGGAAGGACAAGAUUAUCGAUUUGGAAUGGAGAGAAAUAGAACCACUCAGAACAAUCCAGCAACCUUGUGAACCAAUGCCUCGACUCCGAGAUUUGCUUGAAUACCUCUCCGAACCCGAGCUGGAGGACAUUUGGAUGUUGUUAGAUAUCAAGAUCGACAAUAACGCCGAAGACGUGAUGAGGCUGAUCGCGGCGACACUAGAGGAGGUAAAAUCUUCACGGCCUUGGAGUGAACGAGUUUUGCUUGGUUUCUGGAUGCCCAAUUACCUUCCUCUGCGCGCCAAAUAUCUUCCAGAUCAUCGCGCAGCUCAUAUUGGCUUCAGCAUAACCUAUGCAAGACAAUUCUUAAAAGAGCCUCGAGUAGAUUUCAAUAUGCUUCAAAAAAGCAUGGUUGGACCCUUUGGCAACAAGUUCCUCCGUGACAUCAAAGCAGCCGGACGGUCCGUAUUUAUGUGGACAGUCAACGACGAAGAGAAGAUGAAGUGGUGUAUCAUGAAAGAGGUCGAUGGAGUUAUUACCGAUGAUCCGCUCAAAUUCCUGGAUAUUUCGAAGAAUUAUAACGGAGAACGAUGUCGACUUCCUGUGACUCAGUAUGGAACCGCCAUUUGGAUUAAUAUCAUGUCAACCAUUUUUGGUUUCAUGUACAGGCUCAGGGCCAUGUCCUCAAGAGGUAAAGGAGACCAAAGCAGAUGAGACGCAGUGGAUAGGCUCAGUGGAGACGAAUUUAUGACUUCGAGUGUGUUGAAUAAUGAUAUAGACGGCCAACACAAACAUAAACGACUAAUGAAAGACUCGGGACUCGAAUUUCUAGCAAUCUCAUCCCGUGUGUUCGAAGUCCAAUAGCUCCUAUUCUUGUA